GGCUCCACUGACGUCAUCAAGCACAUAAUUUCCAUAUUCCUGUAACAGAAUUCCAAAUCACCCACUCCCACUGUGUGUUUUUUGUGUGUGUGAAUCUCCCAAUUUUGCUUCCAUAAUCACACGAUCUUCACAAUUCAAUCAAAAUUUCCUUCAAUUCACCAUCAAUAACCGGAUCAAAUCAUGGAUCGCAACUACGACGAACUUCCGGAGGAAAUUUGGGAGCUAAUUUUGCACCGAUUGAGCGGUGAUCAUGAUAUUCAUCAUCAACAAUUCGAAUCACUUUCAUCGGUAAGCAAACGGUUAUUAUCGUUAACCGAUCGGUUACGCCGCCGCUUCACCGUCGUAGAUCAGACGUACAUCAUUCACGGUACGAUUUCUCGAUUCAUUUACCGAUUUAAAAACCUAAAAACUCUAGAUCUUAGUAAAUUGAAGAACUGUUACGUAGAAACUGCUAUUAGAGAGAUUGCUCGUUCGUCUGUUGCUUUGAAUUUAGAAUCUGUUGAUGUUUCGAAUCAUAAUUCGGUUCCGAUUGAAGGAUUGAAGGAAUUAGGGUUGAGUAAUAGGAGAAUUAAGGUGUUGAGAUGUGCGAAUGUUGAUAAGUUACGUGAUGUUGAUUUGAUAGAUAUCGCGAGAUAUUUUCCAGAUCUGGAGGAGUUAGAUGUUAGUUAUCCGCGUAAUAAGUUUGAAAUCGAUGCUUUGCGUAGGUAUAGUAUUAGUGAGAUUAUGAUAACUGAUGCUGGAAUUGAAGGUUUGUGUUGUGGUUUGAGGAAUUUGGUUAAAAUUAAUAUCUCGAUGAAUCCGCUGCUUACGGAUAGGUCGCUUGUUAAUCUGUCGUCGAAGUGUUUGCGUCUGCAAGAGAUAAUAAUGUUGAAAUGUAUUAUGAUUACGAUGAAAGGUGUCCGGUUUAUGCUGCAUAAUAGUCCUAAUUUAAGAUCGGUUUCCAUGUGUCUCAUUUCGAAUAUUCAUGGAACUGAUUCGCUUUUCGUUGAUGUUACGUCGGGUAGAUGUUUGUCUGAGCUUCAUUUUAGCGAUUCUGAUAUUUCCGAUGAGUUCCUGGAUUCAAUUGUGAAAGCACGUGUCCCGUUGAAGAGUGUGUGUUUUUCUGAUAGUGGUAGUUACUCCAUUGAUGGACUUUUAAGGUUCCUGCACGCGUAUCACUCGCUUAAGUUCUUGGAUCUUACUAAAAGCUACCAGUUAUGUGACAGUUCCAUUGUAGAUUUAUCUCGGUAUCUUCGUGAUCUUGUUUCAAUAAAGCUCAAUUCCUGUCAUAAGCUAACACACACAUCAUUGUUUGCUCUCAUCAUCAACUGUCCGUUUCUUGAACAUGUUGAAAUGGAACAUGCAAGCCUCGGUAAGGAAGAAGAUCUAAAUACGAUUAUCAACGUUUUGAACAACGUGCACACAAAAUCAUCAAGUAUGAAGUCCUUGAACUUGGGAUGGAAUUCACAUCUGACUGAUGAAUGCCUCUUAAAGAUAACCUCGAUUUGUCCCAACUUAACGCAGCUCGAUGUGAGCUCGUGUUCAGGUAUUACACGGUCCGUAGGCGAGGUUUUGAAAAGCUGUCCCAAGAUUGAGCAUUUGAGCAUACAAGAUUGUGGUGGGGUUAAGAAUAUAGGAUUAAAUAUGUUACCUUUGAGGUUAAAGAAGCUGAAUAUGGCUAGAUCUGGUGUUAACGAUGAAGGGUUAGUUGGAAUCGCGGUUAGAUGUAACGAUCUUGUGAAGAUAGAUCUUGAAGGGUGUCAACACGUGACCACAAGUGCGGUUAAGUUUAUGGUUAAGAACUGUGAGAAGUUGAGGGAGGUUAAUCUGAUGGGGUGCCCUAAUUUACAUGUUUAUAUUGUUGAUUGGAUGGUUCAUACGAGGCCAUCGUUGAGGAAACUGGUACCACCGUCUUAUGCGGUUACUUCAGAAAGCCAACGACAGCUUAUUUUGAGACAUGGAUGCCAAGUUUGUGAUAAGUAGUUGCGCAUAUAGUCGAGUUGAGGUGUAUGAUGUUUGUAGCUAUAUCAAAAGUCAAAUGUAUGUAAUCCCUUUGCAUAUUGUCUUGUAAUAAUGUAAUUAGAUCAACUUAAAUAAGUAAAAAAAAUGUUGUAAAAAUAAAGAGUGAAUUUCAAGGA